AUGUCAAAGAAAGGCGACAUUUCUGAGUGCAUCAAAGAGGAUGUAGCACACUUACCAGGGACUGCCAGUAACAAACAUGGGGUGGCUGAGGAUAAGGAUGUCCCUCUGUCCAAACGAAGGAAAGAUGAGGACUUCCCAGCAGCUGUUUCACAGUUUGAAUCUGCAAAUAAAGGCACACUUUUCUCCUUAAACAAGCCCGAUGGUGCAAUUUUGAGGAAAGCAGAGCUUGAGAACAGCAUUUACAAAGAUUAUCCUGCUGAUGUAAACGGCUGGGGAAGAUUCUACCUUCCAACGACUGUAAACAUGCAAGUUGUUGGCAUUGUGGAGGGCAUCUCAUGUCUGUGCGACCAGCUCGUUCUGAUGACCUGUGAGGACAAACAGGUGUACGCCUAUGAUGGAGAGGAGCUUCAUCUGGUGGCUUCAAGUGUCAAGCAGCUACUUGAUGAAGGGAUGGAGUAUCCAGCAUCCAAGACCUACUACAAGGGGGAGGCCUUCAAAGACAUGACCAAGAAGGACUGGGAACAGGUGUGGAAGAGCGAUGUGGGGAGGAAGUUGGAUGAAGAGCAUAAAAAUCUUAUCACAACAAGAAAGCCCAAAUUACUGGACUCCAUGAAAAGCAAUAAGAUACUUUGAUUGUGUUUUAUUUAACCCUGUCAUGAUUAGGGCUUCCCACAGCCCAUCAUUUUCAAAUAUAUCUAAUAUUAAUAUUAAUACCAAAUAUAAUGUUCUUGUUGCCCUUAUUAUUCUUCUCACGUGUUGUCAUUUGAUUUGAGGAUUGUCAGCUAAACACUAUAUUAUAAACACUCAGAUGAAGGAUGUUUGUCCACUAGUGUUACACUGUGACAGUGUGACUAUGGCAGUCCAACCAUCUCUC